AUGAGGUAUCAGUUACCAAUAGGGGGCAGCGUGACACUGAGCUGUUCUGUGGAGGGCUCUGGCAACUGGACGAUUUUGUGGUACAGAGCUGCUUCAUUUGGUUCUAAAGAAGAACCUAUGACAGAAUAUGAAGGGAAGAAAGCUAUUAUUGUAUCACAACGAGGUCUCUACUCCUGCAGAGGAAGAAUUCCUAUUACGGCCAUUUUGACUAUACAGCCCAACUGGACCAGGAUAUACACGAGUGAAGCAUUCACUGUCAGAUGUGAGAUCCCAGGAGGAGAAGGGACUUACUGGAGCUAUGACUGGAGACCAGAAAGGUUCACCACAUAUUAUACAACCAAUGAAAGAACAUUCUACAAUGUUGGUUGGGAAGACAAUGGAAAUUAUCAAUGCAGGGGCAACAUAGGACUUUCCUUGACAGAAUGGAGUAAUGUCAUUCCAGUCACUAUAUCAUUUAAACUGCAACCUGUCCUCACCGUGUCCCCUUCAUGGCUGAGUCCCGGAGCCUCAGUAACUCUGAGCUGUGAGAUUGAAUAUCCUUCUGAGGGAUGGAGCUUUUACUGGUAUAAAGCUAUUCCUUAUUUGGACAUAAAAGAAGAGGCCUACAAGUACGAGCUGCUACCAGAUGGCAGCGAGACUGCUCAGACUUUGUACGUCAUUACCGGACAAACACACACAGCAGCAUAUGUGUGCAGAGCGCAAAGAGGAAGCAACUACUACUACACCUAUUACAGUAAACCAAAGUUUGUCUGGUCUGCAGAUCUUUAUCCAGCAGCAUCUCUCACAGUCGGCCCUGUAGGGCAAACAUUAAGCUUUGACUUUGUCAGACUGACCUGUAAGGGAAACUCUACUUGGUGGAGAGUGAGGAAGUUCCCUGAGAAUAGCGUGCCGUAUUGCAGUAACGUUUGGAAUCUAGGAGAAUCCGUAUGCACACUCUACACAAAAGCUUCAUAUUCAGAUGAUGGAGUGUACUGGUGUGAGUCUAGGUCAAAACAGUUCAGCAAUGCAGUCAACAUCACUUUACAGGCUGAUUUUUAUUCUGGUCCUCUCAUGGAGAUUCCUGAUGAUCCUGUGAAAAAGGGAACUUUCGUUCGUCUUCGCUGCAACUUGAGAAGAAAAAAAAUCUUUCCCAGUGUGGCUUUUUACCACAAUAACAAACUUAUCCAAAAUGAUUCCCGAGAGGAGCUGAACUUCUUGGCAGUGUCAAAGUCUGAUGAAGGUUCCUACAAGUGUCAGUACUCAGGAAAAGAGUCGCCAUCGCGUUGGAUGUCAGUUAAGUCUGCUGUCGGACCUGAAAGCUCUUCAUUUCCUGUCACAGCCAGAAUGAAAGUCAUGAAUGCAGUCGCCUUCAUCCUGAGGUUCUCAGACGACACCGCCAUUGUGGGUCGGGUGUCGGAGGGAAACAAACUGGAAUACAGUGGGGUCAUCAAGGACUUUGUCAGCAGGUGCGAACAGAACCAUCUUCGCAUCAAUGCCAGCAAAAUGAAGGAGCUGGUGAUUGACUUCAGCAAGAAGCCAUCCCCUAUUACACCAACGAUCAUCCAGAGUGGUGGAAUGGCAGAGAGAGACCGGGGGAAACUCAACAAACUGGUCAGGAGGGCCAGCUCUGUCCUGGACUAUCCGCUGAAGUCCAUCGAGCAGGUUGGGGAAGAGAGGAUGUUGUCUAAGCUAACAUCCAUCAUGGACAACACCUACCACCCCCUGUGUGAGACUGUAUGA